GUUUAGAUGACGACGAAUCAUCCAUUUCAUCUAUCUUGGCAAAGCUAGAUAAUACAUUGGACGAGCACAACAUAGACAGCAGCUCGUGUAUGCAACGAGUUAUUUGCACAUAUGUGCAUGAAGCGCAAAAGAAUAUGAAAUUGGGUGAAGGCAGCCCAAUGGAUGAGUUCAUAAACGCUCUAUCGAACAAUCCAAUUUUCACGUUUAUGUUAGAUGGAAGUGCAGUGAAACAAGCAAUAGAUAUGGGGAAACAGAGUGAUACUGAGAAAUGCGCUUCUCUUUACGCAAAAUGUCCAAUUAGUAAAGAGAAUGUCACACAAGUUAUAUCUACACUAUUACCGUCGUUUUAA